AGGGUGAGAUUUUUAUCUAGCCCUUUGAAUAAAAUAAAUAAGUUUUGUAUCACACUCCAUAAAUAAAUAAGUUUUGUAGCACAUUCUUAAUGGUCCCACCAAAUCUUUGAUUUAUUUAAAAAAUUUGUUUUCUUUAAACAAUAAAAAACGUGGCUGAUAGAAUCUUCUAUCAUUAUCACGAUUUGUCUUAUUAUGUCUCUCUCUCUCUCUUCCAAAAUCGUGAUCUGAUAGUAUAUCUUUUAGGGUUUAGGGUUUCUUUUCUUGCAUGUACACGAUUUGGAAGCAUGAAUCGUGAGGAUCGGCUGAAAAGUGGUCAAACAAGAAUCUUGUUUCAAAUCAUUCCCCAAAAAAAGAAUCUUAUGCAAAUAUUGAGAAGACCGUGCACUAUACACGGCUCUCUCUCUCUCUCUCUCUUCUAUUAUUCAGCUUCCAAAUUCAAAAAAAAAAGAGACAAAAACCUUAAGGACCGUGCACUCCAAAAACUCCAUACACGCCUCUCUCUCUCUCUAAGAAACUCAAGCCCACCGUGCACUCCAUAAACUCAAGCCCACCGUGCACUCCAUAAACUCAAGCCACUAUGAGUUCAACGGAAUCAGAUUACGAUGGGGAAGAACAGCCUGUAGAACGAGGCCAUCGCCCGAGUACAUCGAGGAGGGAAAAAUACCCGACGCCGAAUCCGCCUCCGAGGCAUGUUUGGUUACGUCCGUGCAUGCAAGGUUAUGCCGGACGAAUCAAUCACUAUGUAAAGGACACGACACUGAAGGAAGUGGAGACCUGUCUGACGCACUACCAGCGAUUGGAACAAUUUAAUCAAGGUCCGUUUGGGCAUUUACUUCAGUUGAAGAGGCAGGAUAGUGCGAAUGCCGCACUGCACCAUCUUCUUGCACGGGAGUUGUAUGACGAAGCAUUCGGUCCGUGGGAGAAGUGGUUCCACGUUGGUGGACACGACAUUCGAUUCGGUGCAGUGGAGUAUUGUCUGGUGACGGGGUUGUGUUUCGGGCCAUCCCCGCAGCGUUUUGAUCCUGAUGUGGAUCACCGUGUUGGGAAGCAGAGUCUAUGGCACCGAGUUUUGAAAGGCAAGAAGGUGGAAGUGAAGGAUCUGCGGAAGCGGUUCGUGAGCCGCAGUCUGGGCAACAGUGCCCAGGAUUAUUUGAAGGCGGCCAAUAUUCUCGUGGCGUAUGAUCUCAUCUUCUGUCGGGAUUAUAAAUACGUGCACGAGUGGGUGUGGGCACUGGUAGAGGAAGAUCAGGCAUGGUCCGACUUCCCGUGGGGCUCUUACUCAUUCCAGAUUUUGUGUCAUGGGAUGAGUGUGUUGAAGAAGCAUCCCAACGAGAUUACCGGUAAUAGGAAGACGUACCACUUCUAUGGGCCCAUAUGGGCAUUACAGAUUUGGUCGUACGAGGCCAUUCCGAGGUUGGGCCGCGCGUGUGGGAUGCGUGACACGAGGUUGCAGAUGCCACGAUUGGUGAACUGGACGACUUGGAAGUCGGCUUCUGACUUCACCCACUUUUUUGAUGCUCAUGAGGCUGAGUGUCACCGGACACUCGAACCGGUCGAGGAGGAGAAUGAUUCAUUUUAUUUGCAGACCCUGAGGCAUCCAGAGCCCUUUUCUGUACGAUACCAUCCCGGAGGGAAAUACGCUGGCUUGACAGAGCCAGUUGUACCGGAGCCGCCUCCUCCUGUUAGGCCUCCCCCUGUGCAGAGGAGUAUCUCACGAGCAGAGAGGACUCGUGAGAAGCAGCCUGUCCCUGUCCCGAGGAGUAGCUCACGGGCAGAGAGGGCUCGUGAGAAGCAGCCUGUCCCUGUCCAUGUCGAGCGACAUAGGCAGACGUAUGAGGAGCCAAGUGGCAGCCCGUCGAAGCGGCGCAGGUCAGAGGAGUUUGAUGAUCGCGAGCCUCAGGCAGACCGAGAUGAGGAUUAUUGGAGGCGACGCGAUGAGGACCUGAUUGCCCGUAUCACACAGGAGCAGAUCCGGACUGUGGUCCCAGAGAUGCGGCGCGAGAUACGUCGCGAGCUUGUAGACGACGACUCUGAGCAUGGACUGGUCGCCAAAAUUACGAAGAAGGUCAUAGCCGCUGUGAAGGACAUCUUUGGGAGACGUUCUUCUUCGAGGAGGCAUAGAUCAUCAUCCAGCCAUGCCAGUCGUCAUAGACAUCAGAGUGAGGAGUACGACCAGCCGAGCCCCAGUCGCAGACGGUCUACAUCUCACAUUCCUAGUCCUAGGCGAUCAGAGCGUGAGGAUCCACCUCAUGUUAGCCAUAGGCACUCAGUUGGAGACAUGGAUCCGCCUCGUAGACAUAGGAUGUGGAACGGGAACAAUACGCUCCAUAUAUGUGGCCAACAGCACGGAUUGUUUGAAAUAUCCUCCAACAAAAUCCGUGACUUGCAGUCCUGCACGCCUAAUAAAAUGCAAAGAUAA